AGAUAAAAAAGGCUUACUGUAUUCGAAAUCCCUCAACAUUCAUUCCCCCCUGUCUGUCCCAAGACCCCGAUUAGCAAAGUACUGUACCAGUAUCAUACCGUCAGCUCCAUCAUCGUCAAACCAUCCCCCAUCUACUGCCCUCAUCGCCCAUCCAAUUUUUUUCCGGUAUGCCACUCGAUCCCCCUAUUUCACGAAUUAUCUAGAACCCCUUUUCCUCUUCCUCCUUGAAUUCUAUUCGAGCCCCAUUGACUCAAGCGAUACGGGUUUGGUACAGUACCCUUCCAGCAUGCCCGACACCGAGAGAACCAUCCCUAGAGUUCUAACAGUUUCCGGCUCCGAUCCCUCCGGCGGAGCCGGGAUUGAGGCAGAUCUCAAGGUAAUCACAGCCAACGGUUGCUAUGGCAUGACAGCUAUCACUGCUCUCACCGCACAAAAUACUCUUGGGGUGGACAAUAUUCAUCAUAUCCCGGGACCGUUUCUUCGCAGCUGCUUGGAGGCGGUGCUUUCCGAUAUUGGGACAGAUGUGGUUAAAACUGGUUACCGCCCCUAUCUCUCCGGAAUUAACAAGAUUAAACGUUCACAUAUUCAAUACAGGUAUGCUGGGCAGUGAGGAGAAUAUUCUGGUGGUAGCUGAGAUUCUACAAAAAUAUGGCAUCACGAAAACUGUCAUUGACCCGGUAAUGGUAUCUACGGGCGGAUCCACACUUUUGCCUGAGAGUGCUGUGAAUGCGGUACGGGAAAAGCUUUUCCCAUUAGCUUUACUCCUUAUUCCCAACAUUCCGGAAGCUAUGCAAUUACUGCCUGGCCAUCAGCCGUUGAACUCGCUUGAUAAACUCAUCUCUGCUGCAAAAGAUCUGGCGGGGAUGGGACCCAAAAACGUCUUGCUCAAGGGUGGGCAUUUGCCGUUCCGUAGGACAGAAGGAGGUUAUGUGCCCGCCGAAAAGGAAGAAGAAAGAGAGAUUAUGAUUGAUGUCUUUUGGGACGGGAGCGAUUUUGCAUUGAUUGAGAGCCCCUAUGUGAACACAAGAAACACCCACGGCACCGGGUGUUCCCUAGCCUGUAUAUCCCCCAUUAUCCACAUAUCCUGUAACUUAAUUAUUAAACAAAACUGCAGCGGCAAUUGCAUCAAACCUCGCUCGUGGAAUGGAGGCUCCCGAAGCAGUCCGAGCAGGUUGCAGCUACGUCUCUGCCGGGAUAUCAUCGGCAUUGACGCUUGGAAGAGGGCAUGGGCCUAUCAACCAUUUGCACAGCAACUAUAUCAUGCCAUUCCCUCCGUUUGAUCGCCCCCCCCCCCCCCACCUUUUAAUCAUUCACUAAUGGCCCGUAGUGGACGCUUCGUCGACUACCUUCUAAGCCAUCCCUCAAUAAAGCCAAUAUGGCACGAAUAUACCCACCAUCCGUUCACAACCCAAUUGGGAGCUGGCACUCUUCGGAAAGAGUCAUUUCAACAUUACCUUGUCCAAGACUACCUCUUUCUGGUUACUUCUCCACCCACAGCAGAGAUUUCUGUCCUGCUGACCUUGGGUAGAUCCAAUUUUCUCGGGCAAACUCCCUCGCAGGCUAUAAAUCGGCGUCAAUCGCGGGAAUUUCGAAAACUGCAUCCAUUGUACAAUACAUUGUGGCCGAGGCUACCCUCCACCUCAACUACUGCUCCCGCUUUGGCUUAACCCAAUCCCAAGUCGAAGAGGCCGAGGAAUCACUGGCAUGUACAGCGUACACCCGGUUUGUGUUAGAUAUUGGAAUGAGUCAGGACUUCUUCGCACUCCAAGUUGUGAUGGCGCCUUGUCUGCUUGGAUACCGGGAGGUUGCCCUCAGGUUGGCAAAAGAAGGCAAGAAAGAUGGCAAUAUAUACUGGGAGUGGGUAGAGAGCUAUUCCGGAAAAGAUUAUGGCGAGGCGGUGAUUAGGGGUCGCGAGUUGUUGGAGGGCCUUGCGCAGGACGUCGGAGCGAAGAGAAUUGGUGAGCUGGUAGCGAUCUUCGCAAAGGCUACCAAGGUAAGCUCUUCCCCACAUCACCGAGGAGGGGCUAACAAGGCGGGGCCUAGAUGGAGAAGAAUUUCUGGGGAAUGGGACUUGAGUGCAGUUAAGCAGAAUUCAGACAAAGUUCAUAUUUUCAAGAGUGGGGGCCGCCCUAGUUUCCCCCUAUUAGUCACUCAAUGUCACUCGCAAAUCAUAACGAGAGCUAAGGGACGUGAAAUGCACAGGAGCGAGACAGGGACUUGCUCAAAAAUCCCCUUACAACAAAGUUCCGCAACAGCGUGCGAUAGAGCAAUAG